GUUUGAUUUAUAACUUGGUAUUGGAGGAGACUAUAAAUACCUGAAGUCUCCCACCCGGAGUGCAGUCUGCGGGAGAGACAAGGAAAGUGGGGUCUCCAGAUUGACGUAAGACUUCUCACCUGUUGAUACCGGCACGUAGACACCUAAGAUGGCCGUCCGACUCCUCCUGACCGUGUGGCUGGUGUUGCUGGUUGGACGCACGGCUUCAACUGAAGUAUUUGCAGAUGACGCCCUGUCUCCAGCAGAGGUGCCCCAGCAAACACGGGACAACAUCGAGGUAGACUCUAACAAAGUGGAACACCUGGUGGAGACACUCAAAGGUAUGAUUGAGGAAGGGGCCAGAGAUGCAGGACUUGAAGGGGGUGCUUCCGUGGAUGAACUUGAUGCCGACCCUCCUGCAGAAGUGAUGCAGGAACUGGAGGCAGAAGGGGACCGGGGGAUAGAUGAUCUGAUGGAAGAAGAAGAAAGGCAAGUGCCUGAUGAGGACCUUGGUGGGGAGACUUUGAUGGGUGGAGUCACUGAAGAACUGGAGGAAGCACGACAUGUGGCAGGGGGACGGAGGUUUGCCCGAGUUUGCGAACACCAGACAUUGACCAUCAGUUGUCCUGCUGGACGACAGAUCCGCAUCUUGUCCGCCCUGUACGGCCGGACGUCACAGGACUUCUGCCCCCACAGCCAAAUCCGCACCACCAGCUGCCGCAGUGAGAACAGCAUGGCUCAGGUCAGGGCCAGCUGCCAAGGGCAGUCCAGCUGCUCUGUGGCAGCCUCCAACAGCGUGUUCGAGGAUCCUUGUGUGGGAACAUUCAAGUACCUGGAGGUCAGGUAUGCAUGCACUGGCCGACCAACAACAGGCUGUGGUGGCUGGACCCGCUGGUACGACCGUGACAACCCGUCUGCCACAGGAGACUGGGAGACUCUCACCAACAUCCGUGAGGAGAACCCCGGGCAGAUCUGCGCCGCGCCCUCCGGCAUCCAGGCCCGCGUCAAAGGCUCCAACACCCCCGCCUCACAGACCGGGCGCCAGUUCCUCCACUUCAACCCGGGGGUCGGGUUCGUGUGCAGGAACGGCGACCAGAGCGGCAACAAACGCUGCCUGGACUACGAAGUACGCUUCUGGUGCCCGUAGUCAGCACAUGAUUCACCACUCAUCACCUUGCUGUUAGUAACGAAAACAUCUGUCUUCGAUAGCACAACAGAAGUGGUUUGAGUUUGUGUGUGUACUGUAGUUCCUGUGAUGGUUGUAUCAUGAUAUGAGUCUUGUUGAUGUCAUUUUCUGAUGAUGAAAAUAUCAUUUAAUGAUGCAGUCUUCAUAGACCCAAGCAUUCCAAAAUAAACUGAUGAAUUCAGAAAAAUUGUGGUUGACCAGAUCAGUUGUUGUUUACACAGCUUGUCUAUGCAGCAGUGCUUCAGUAUUAUACAGCCCACUCUUUUGUUAGUAUAUCACAAUAUAUAUGCAAAGUCCUCAUAACAAGCACAAUAUAAUCACUUGAACAUUUGACAAGAUGUGGAGAACAAUUAGAUCCAAACACCCUGCAGAAAUCUCAAUUACUCCCAACACAACUAACUCCCAUCACCCUACCCUUUAAAACUCACCCUACCCUAGACUUAAACUAUGAAAGGUGUACUUUUUAUGCAAAUACAUGUGAUGUACCGAGACAUUUUCCAUACUCCCUAUCUAAGAUAAGGUAUGUUGUAAGAAGUACGGACACUGGAGAUAUACACACAAGAGCCUGUAUUAUUAGUCCAAAGCUAUCAUAGAGCAUGUACAUGUACCAAACCUGUAUACACACAUCCCAAUAUCAACUGAGCUGUUCCUAGUGGGCCAUUCCACUUACAGGGAGGGGUGGACUAAGAGAUGCUCUCUGGGCAUGGUGACAAAAAAGGAGACACAAAACUGGUGAAAAGUAGGCAUGGAGAUGAGGGUUUAUUUAUCAUGGGACUGGGCUGCAAUAAACCAUUGAUAGGGUGUGGGAUAUGGAACAAACAAAAAGGACUAAGGGAUAUCAAUACAAUAUCUUUAACACCACCCCCAAAAUUACUAUAUAAUGGCCCUCAGUGCCACUUACUUCUCUAAUAUCAAGCACAGAGGCACGUCUGAACAGUCCUCAUGGACUUAAGGUUCAUCUCCAAUGCUGAACUUUGACACCUAUCUGUACAACAUCACAGUAAUUGUACAUGAAACGGUAUAUAUUUGUCCACUACACAAAGGCCUUGGUAUUAGCUUGUUGCUACAACAAGAGUUUCCCUACCAUCAUCAGUUUGGUAUAGUGGCACCAGCAUACCAAGAAAGCUCAUCACUUUAGCUGGUAUCUCACGGACUGCACGCCAAUUUGCACCCAUUUUAAGAAUGCCUGACACGGUUCUGUGAGAUCCCUGCUUAUGCCAGAAACAUGUUACAAACUUGGGAUAUUUACACUGAAACUUCCUACCUAUCCCAGACUUACAAAACAGUUAGCAAAUUUGGUUACCU